ACGAGAAGAGUGUUCAAGAUGGGCUCAGCUCGAAUUUUAGAUGGCGUCCCACUGCUCCUGUAUUUCGUGGGCGUGGUUCUGGGCGUGCCAGUAAGCACAUCAUCACCUGCUACUCAAAAAAUCAGUCCAGAGAUUGGGGUCACUACUGGGAAAAGCCUCGCUGACUCAUCGACACCCACAAUUGAAAGCACCUCUGGCUUAUCUGAGUUCGAAGACGAAUGCCAGUUUGCAUGGCAAAGGUUCUUGGUCGAUUUUGAUGUACACUACGAUCAUGACUCCGAACGGCAAAAGCGACGUGAUAUAUUCUGCGCCAAUUGGCAAAAAAUUCGCGAUCACAAUUUAAAAUUCGAUUUGGGAGUUGUCAGCUUUAAGAAGGGUAUCAACAAGUGGAGCGAUCUUACCUUUGAAGAGUGGAAAGAGAAACAAACUCCCAAAGUCAUGCCUGAAAUCGCUAGUGAAUCAUCAAAGGAGCAGCAAGACAAAGUUAAUUGCCAGGCUGCAUGGGAAAAGUUCUUGAUUGACUUUGGAGCAAUGUAUAAGAAUGCAAAUGAAACCGAGAAACGCCGCAAUGUAUUUUGUGCAAACUGGCGGGCGAUUGUGGAGCACAAUGUGCAGUAUGAAAAGUGGGCAGAGCCCUUCAAGAAGGACAUAAAUCAGUGGACUGAUCAUACUAAUGAGGAACGAACUAGUCCUGCUCCCGAGAUUCCUAAGGAAGAAACCACUACAUCUAAAAUAGAUAAUGAUGAUAACAUAUGUCAGGCUGCUUGGGAGAAGUUCUUGAUUGACUUUAAGCCGACAUAUCAAGAUGAUACUGAAACCGAAAAGCGACAAAAUAUAUUUUGCGAGAACUUUAAGUCGAUACAUAAGCACAAUAUUCAAUACGAUUUGGGAAACAUAUCCUUUAAGAAGGGUAUAAAUCAGUGGAGUGAUCUGACCGUGGAAGAGUGGAAAAACAAACAACGACCUGCUUUAAAUCCGGAGUUUUCUAAGAUUGAAACCACUACAAAAAUAUCUGUGGUUAAGAAGGAUGAUAAUACAUGUCAGGCAGCAUGGAAAAAGUUUUUGAUUGAUUUUGGUGCGAAAUAUCAGGAUGAAACAGAAACCGAAAAACGCCGAACUAUAUUUUGCGACAAUUGGAAAGCGAUUCAGGAACACAAUGUGCAGUUCGAAUUGGGAGUGGAAUCGUUCAAGAAGGGCAUAAAUCAGUGGAGUGAUCUGACCGUAGAAGAGUGGAAAACCAAGCAACGACCUAAUUUGGCUCCAGAGUUUUCAAAAGAAGAAACGACUACGAAAAUAAGCAAGGAGAAGAAAUAUAAAAAAAAUGUUUUUUGAAAACUAGAUGGUUAGAUAUUUUACUAUGAAGAUUUUCAGAUGAAAGGUGCCAUCACAGACACCUAUUACUCACCUUUUAAAUACACGCAAACAAAAUAUUGCAACUAACUCAAAGAGAA